CACGUCGUCAAUUGGCUGCUCCUCCUCUCUGGUUUUCAGCUGCUUCCUGAAUCGCUACACGUUGUGCUAACUUACCGUGCACACACACACAUGCGCUUCGUCUCCAUAAAUAUGUGACGGGAGUGCGCGCGAUACAUCUGGAGCCAAAGUGCACGCCUUUUGCUGGAAUGUUUGAAGAUUAACGAGGUCCUGAAACAAAUACUACCACUGCCACUGGUAGCGUAGAUCCCUUACGGGCGGACCGACCGGGAAACAACGAACGCGGCCACAGUUGUUGCUGCACCGUGCGAGGGCACCGGACGCAGGCAUGACCGAGACACGGAAGACGCGGUGGUAUUUCGGCGGCUUGGCGUCGUGUGGAGCCGCCUGCUGCACGCAUCCUUUGGAUCUCCUCAAGGUGCACCUCCAAACACAGCAGGAGGUCAAGAAGAGGAUGUUUGGCAUGGCCGUUCAUGUGGUGAAGAACAAUGGGGUGCUUGCUCUUUACAAUGGCCUUUCUGCUUCCCUUUGCAGACAGAUGUCGUAUUCGCUAACCAGAUUUGCCAUCUAUGAGACUGUAAGGGACGUGAUUGGAAACAAAAGCCAGGGCCCCAUGCCGUUCUACCAAAAAGUAUUGUUGGGAGCUUUUGGAGGUUUUACGGGGGGCUUUGUUGGAACGCCAGCAGACAUGGUCAAUGUCAGGAUGCAAAAUGACAUGAAACUACCAGCAGAACUACGGCGAAACUACAAACAUGCCAUUGACGGGCUCUUCAGAGUCUUCCGAGAAGAGGGUUUGAGGAAACUGUUCUCAGGAGCCACCAUGGCAUCCAGCAGAGGCGCCCUGGUCACCGUUGGACAGUUGGCAUGUUAUGACCAGGCCAAGCAGCUGGUGUUGGGAACGGGGAUGCUGGGAGAUAACGUGUUCACACACUUCCUCUCCAGCUUCAUUGCUGGAGGUUGUGCAACGUUCCUUUGUCAGCCUCUUGACGUUCUAAAGACUCGACUCAUGAAUUCAAAAGGGGAGUACACUGGUGUACGACAUUGCUUACAAGAAACUGCCAAGUUGGGCCCCCUGGCAUUUUAUAAGGGCCUUGUUCCUGCAGGGAUCCGCUUGAUUCCUCAUACAGUGCUCACAUUCAUCUUCCUGGAGCAACUGAAAAAGAAUUUUGGGAUUCGCAUCGUCUCCUGAUGGCAAAAUGCGACUGGUCGGUAUCGAACCACUCCGCUGUGAGCAUUAGAAGAAAGGAAUAGGGGAAGCCACGAAUGGCUUGUUCAUGUUGCUUCCUCUUGCUCUACCUCGACCUCGUCAUGGCAUGAAGCUGAGUGUUUGCACAUUCUGAGGGAUAAAAAUUGUAGAACAAGCUAAUUCUGAAAAAUGACAAUUCAAAGGGCAGGUGUCUGGAUUGUUGGAAGAGCCUGCUAUCCUAAAACAAAUAUGUCCUGUAUGAUUUCAUCUUUUAUCAUGUGGUUUUAAUUUGAUUAUUUCAAGCCUCAGUUGCUAACAUUUUAAUGAAAAUGACGUUAUUGCGACUUAAAUUCCUAAUGCCGUCGUUUAGAUUUAGAUAUAUUGAUCCUUCGUGUGCUGUAAAUUCUUCUUUUGGGGCGGGGGCAGGUCAAGAAAAACAUGCCAAUAAUGGACUGCUGUUGAAAAUAGUUUAUGCCAGGAAAACAAACAAGUGCCAUACUUGGCCAACAUAGAAUUGGCACGUAAAUAGCAUAUGCAUCGUAAACAAAUACAGCCCAAGUUAAUAUGUCAAGUCUGAUAUAUGAUCGCAUGUGAUUCAUUCCCAUUGGUACUGACCAAAUGUCCUACGGUCCUUUAUUUUACAUAACACUAUUGUUGGUAUUGUACUUAAAUUUUUUAGAACUGGAAAUCAAGUAGAAGUCUAUUGACCUUUGUGGCCUCGUUCAACUAAUCUGCUAAUAAUUCAGUCCAAUUGUUGAGGAGUGGACCAGAUUGUUUCAUUAACAAAAUCUUAUAUGGUACACUUGGUACAUAAUAUUCUCAUAAUGAUACAUUUGGUACACCCCCCCCCCCCCCCUCCCAACACCACGCGUACACAAACAAACCUUUUUCUUUUAAGUUUUAAAAAUUACUUUCAAAUUGAAAUAUUAAAUAACCUUUUAAAACAAAACUUGUACAGCAGGAGUACUGUGGUGUUUAUCGCUGAGAUGAGUGCGUUUUAAUUUAAUCACUGAGCAGCCAACAAUUGUUGAGCUUGGUACUUUGUUGGAACCCUGAACCAACAUUAAGUGAAUUGCUCUCCACCUAACUGUGUUUUACAAUUUUAAGUAUUACUGGUUUAAAGAGAGCUGUAGAUAGAUGUGCCAUCAGUGAUGAAACUUCGUCGAGAUUUGCCCAUUUGUUUACCGAGAUGAGAAUCCUUGUCAUGCUGCCUUACUCUGUGUGUCCUCCGGGGGGCAGUAUGGCAGCGCGCACAAAGCCAUCGUCAGCCUUCGGCCUUCAUCCCAGGAUGCGUUUUUUUUUUUUGUAGAACCACCAGCUUAACUUGUGCUGUAUGUCCUCGAAAAUGUGACCUCAAGAUAAGCCUUACUUACUCAACUGGAUGAACACGCACACCUGUUGCUAUGCGUGUGUCGUUUAUGCAUUUUAAUUUCAAAUAAAUGACUAACUUUUUAAAAUUAAACUACACUAAUGAAAAUA